ACGGGAAUGAAAAAGCAGCUGCAGCCUGCAUGCCCAUUGUAUUUCUUUCAUUCACCCAAGAAAAUAAGAUGGGUGCCUCCAAAUGGCUUAUCUUUUUCGCAUGCAUUUAUGUGAAAGAGUUUGAAAGCGAAGCCUCAUCCUGGACAUCCACAUCUCCAGCCUCAGUUAAAGGGCUCCUCGGCUCAUGUGUGGUGAUCCCCUGCUCUUUUAACUAUCCCGUUGAAGGAAAUAAAUAUGAAUUCACUGGGAUUUGGAACAAUCCAAAUGGCGUAAUUUUUCACUCAGGCUCUGGACAGACGUCACAGCAGUAUCAGAAUCGCGUUGAGCUUGUUGGAGAGCUGAAAUCAAAGAACUGCUCUCUGAAGAUCGACCCCCUUCAGAAGAGCGACGUGGGGCCCUUUGAUUUUAGAAUUGAAAUUAAGGACUACAAUAGAUAUUCCUACAAAAAUAGUAUCACCAUUUCAGUUAUAAGUGAGCCAAAUCCUCUCCAACUCUCGGUGGAAGAGGACAUUAAGGAGGGACAAAAUGUGUCUGCAGUCUGCUCUGUGUCUCACUCCUGCCCCGCCUCUCCUCCCAAUUUCAAGUGGAGUCACCUCGGAGAGGAGAUUCAUCAGUCCCAACAGCUUGGCGAUGCAGAGUGGAACACAAGAUCUAUUCUGAGCUUUCGGCCGACUCAUAUUGACCACAACAAGCCUUUACAGUGCACUGUAACCUACAAGGGGGGGAAAAGUCAGGAGAAAUCCAAGAUCCUUCACGUAAAAUAUGCACCACUGAAUGUGAACGUUGAGUACAAGGUCGACGUAAAGGAGGGAGAAACUGUGGAUCUCACUUGCUCCAGUGAGGCUCACCCUCCUGUCAGUCGCUAUGAGUGGCACAAUGAAACUGGAGCAAAGAUCUCUCAGGGAAACCUCUACAUAGUGUCAAAUGUUUCUAGAACAAUAGGAGCAAUGUAUUGUGCUGCUAUCAACGACGAGGGAAAAAAUGUUUCACGGCCUGUCCAGCUCAAUGUUUCAUAUGCUCCUGAGAUAAAGACUGAGUCGUCAUGCUCAGUAGAGGGCAACUGGGUGAAGUGUGAGUGUAUUGUGGACUCCAAUCCUGCCAGCACCGUCACAUUUAAGCAUUCUGACAAAAUUCUACCUGGAACUACAAGAGAUAAAAAUGGUUUCUAUACCAUAAAGAUUCUUUGGAAAGAUAUUGAGCCUUCCAAGUUUGUGCAGUGUUUGGCAUCUAACACCGAAGGGAAGGCCAGCCAUACACUCUCUGUACCUCAUGACGAGGUGAUGCUUUACAUUUUCAUUGCCAGUGGAGCAGCAGGGUUCUUGCUGUUUGUUAUACUUGUAGUGGUACUUUAUAAGAAAUGCAGGGGGAAACCUAGAGACACUUCGGAGUUAAACAUGAGUGCCAUGAUGACAGAAAGGCCUCAGCAACCACCAGAGAAGGCCUCAAACAGGAACAAGAUUUGUGAUGAUCCACAUUCUUCUAAUAUUUAUAUGAAUGAAGAUAUGUAUGGAAAUGUUGGGACUGACUGGGAUGAUCAAAUAUAUGCCAAUGUCUAAUAAAUAAAGGAAAAGCUGCAGUUUGCCUACCUGUUUGAGGAAAAAUAUCAAUAUUCAGGUCUGUAAUUAAUGGUCUAAUUAUAUUUUAAGUUUGUUCUGUGUAAAUAUUUAGAACGUAUUUCCUUUAAAUAAAGGAAAUUAAUUCUGUGUAUUUUGGGGUUACAUUUAACUCUCAAACAUUAGAGUGCCUCAUAAGGCCCUUUUGCUUGCAGCUAUAACUUUUCCAAAUAAGUCUUGUAAAUUCAUGUAUCAAUAAUGGCUAUUAAGCUGUUGUAAAAGUGUACCUAAGUGUAUUUUUAAUUAUUGUUUAUGUAGAAGUACUUAUCUGGUUUCAACAUAUUGUGCAAGUGUUGUUGUCUUUAGAAUUUCCUCCUUUGCUUAGAAGAUUGUGAUAUCUGAUUAACGUGUUUAAAAGUGAAACUAUUCUGAUAAAAGAGAUAAACUUUAAAAAUAUCAAAUGAUGAUCCUGUAGUUGUUGGCCUGCAAGCUUCGUAAGUGCAGAUGUGAAAAUAAGUUAGAGAGUAUCACUGUUCAAUAAUAAAUGAAGAAAGUGUGGUUGUUGAUGGGCAUGUACUCUUGGUCAAGUGUGGAAAAACCCACGGGUGUGCCUGUAAGUGGGUUCAGAAUUAACUCUCAGAAAGGGAAGUUGAUAAGAACAUCUGUGAAAUUUUUCAAACGUCAACAUCUGUUACUCAAAAAGGAAACUGAAAUGUUUCAACCUCGUUUUUGCUUUUUUCAUGGCUGAUUAUAUCAGCUGACUCAAACAGCAUAUUUUAUUUUUAAACUAGAAAUUGACAAUGGAAAAUGUUUGACUCAUAAAACAAGAAGUAAUGUGAAGCAGAGAACAGCCACGUGGGAGAAAAAAUUUCCAGGGGAGAUUGUUGUCAAAUCAAGAGGAGACCUCUUCUUCCUCAUCAUUUUGCAGAGGCUCAGGUGUCUUUCUUCAGUUCUUCUCUUACAAGCAGCAUAUAACUUAUUGCUGGAGGAACUUUUAAUAUAGAGGCCACUCUAUGCAGCAUGAUGAUACUAGACUGCUUAAAAUGAAACAUAAAGUGUGAGACUUGGUUUAACCUGAAUUGUUAUUUCUGUAAAUCUUUUUUCAUCUGGUGCUGCUGCCGGAGCACUGGAGCAUGCUUUGUUACUUUAGUGCAACAGUAACAAAGCAUGCAAAGAUGAAGAUCACCAUUUAAAAGUUAGAAAUGAACAACUAUGUGAGAUGUUAUGUGAUUCAAAAGCAUGUAAAACAAAAAAAUAAUGGCAAAAUAAUUUUUAUUUUACUCCCCUCUUUUCUUCUUGUCAGUGCAGUUGACAAACAACGUGCUUAAAUGUAGUGCAUCAGGUCAUUAUCUCAAUCUUUGAAAGAGGAAAGACUAUCAUAUUGUUUAACAGAGAAAAGUUCAUGUUUCCAUAUAUAUUUAAUCCACAUCUCCUGUAGCUAUUUGUGCAGUUCCUCUGUUGAUGAAGGUUCUUUGUGGCCUAUUUGAAGUGCUAAAUAAAAUACCUCAUAUUCUCUAUUCACCAUAAAUGGGAGGCUGCAGCCACAACAGUCUCCUACUUCACACACUCCAGAUAAUUGAGACAAAAGUUAAGAGAUAAAAAAAAUACACCAAUGUUAUAAUCUUAGCACUUUAAUGAAAGAUUUAAUUCAAAACAACAUUAAAACUUGUAGACUUUGGAGUAUGAUGCAAAUUUAAUAGUCAGUGUAUGAUCUUACAGUUGAUGAAGAGUAAAAGAAAGAAAAACAGCAAAGCAAAAUUAAUCCAUAAUCCUUUUAGAAAAUCAUUAAAGGUUAAAACAAAAUUAAUCCUAACUUUUGUGCCUCUAACACAUUUUCAAAAGAUUUAGGUAAAGUUAAACUCAAAAGGUGAUAUGAAUCAAAGCAACAAUAAGAAUUUCUUGACUCACUACAUGAUUAUUUUUUUGUAGUUUUACUAUUUCAGGCCUUUUUCUGCAAAAUCACUUUGCCAUCAUGGCAGAUAGCACUAAAAAUAUUGCUCUAAUCUAGUACUCCAUAUUUAGACUCACUUGGUACUCUUCUUGAUGAGAAGCACAGAGCCCACUGUAGUCUUCUUGCCAGGGAAUGUCACCGUACAUUUUAAAGGCAUGUUGAAGUCGGCUUCUUGAGGGGUAAAGGUGAGGGUCGACGUUGUUGACCACAACCAUUUAUUUUCCUUUUUUGACCUUGUUUUCCUUAUUCCAGAGUGGCUCCAUGAGAAUUUGGGAGGAGAUGAUGGACAGACAUGAGUAACUUUGCAGGUGGCAGUCACUUGAUCUUGGACUGCAACAGACAUGGUGGGAGGCUUAGGAACUCCUGUACAAUCAACAAUUUUCACAAAAUUACUUGUUAAAUAGUGAUUUAAACAUGUCUUUUAACAUCUUAAAGUAAAUGGUUUAGAAUUACUGAAAAGGUCUCUAAUAUACUCACGGAAGACAUUGAGGGUCACCUUAUUUUUUGAGAAAGUGAAGCUUUUAUGUUGUGGAAUUUCAAUUCUGAAGUAAAACGGACCAGUGUCAGUUUCUCUGACGCCAUACAGCUGCCAGGUGCAGUUGCCGCUUUGAAGGGUUCCUGUAAUUCUGGAUCGCAUGUGGAACUCAUUCCCUAGUCUCAAAUUGAGGAAAUUUGAUGCAACAAUCGUGUCCCCUCUCUUCCAGAAUCCCCGCCAUCUGUUCAAUAUUUUUUUUGUCUCGGGAUACAAGUAAACGCAGGGAAUGACCACACAUGAGCUUUGAAGAACAGGGAUUCUGGAUGGCACAUCUAUGAGCCAGUCCUUGUGCAAGAUAUGAGAUUCAGCCAUCGCUGCAAUAAAGCACAAAAGCAAGAAUACAUUUUUAGCAAGUAGACAGUGAUAGAAUGAUGAUAUUCCAUGAAUUGUCAUUUUAAGGCUAAGCUUACCACAAACCAUCAGAAUUGAGAGCCACAAUUUCAGAUCCAUCAUUAGCUGACUAAUGUCCUCUGUCCUACUGUGUGGUGAGAGUGAGUCUUGUGCUUAUAAAGCAAAAGUUUAGACCUUGAAGUCAGAAAUUGUUACAGAUUGCAAUCAAACUUUCCCAACGACAUAAGCUGAUUAUUUUGUUGCUUUUUGGGUACAUUUUCGAUGAACAAAUUUUAGAUGGAGAAAAAAAUUAAAUGUAGCACAUGUACUAAAAAUCUGCAACAAUGUGGUGUUUGAAUAAAAUGUUUAUGGUGUAAA